CGUACCAAAACAGAACAAAUAUUGGAUAUGCUUGAAUGACUAGUGGAAGUUUAACGAAUUUGCAAAAACCCAGUUAAUUUGAUUAUUAGUGCGUUGAAUUACAGCUAUUGAAGGCCGACGGACAAGCCGGCGGAUAGCUAUUUCCGAAUAUUUUUACACGCGCACAGAAUUCUAUUGAAAUCAAUUGCAUAAAUAAAUUAAAACUUGCAAUUAGUUAAAAUAUCUCGUCUAGAGUUGAAAAUUUGGAGCAACCUACAGUUUGAAACCUAACCUAAAAUUAUUAGCUACGAGAGGAAUCUUAAAGAAUUAAGGAAAUACUGAAGAUUUGUAAGUAGUUUUAUUCAUAAUACUCUUAUAUGUAAAUUUGACACCUAAAUAUAUUACAGUUAAAGUUGCCCUGACACCGCAGAACUGUGGUCCCGCUUCUUGAAAAUUCAGUUCGAACAUCCUUUAAAAAUCUUCAACGAUUCCUCCAGCAUGCCGACAUCCAAAGCGAAUGAUCCACAGGUACCGAAAGGCUGUAUGGCCUGCAACCGCCCCGACCACAUUGAAGACAUGGUGGCCUGCGAUGACUGCGGGAAAUGGUAUCAUUUCGGCUGCGCGAAUGUCGAUGAAUCUGUCGUGGACCAAUCGUGGAAGUGCCAACCCUGUGGACUCCUCCUAGUCAACGCGGCAUCAAAUACAGCAGCCUGUGCGAGUUUGAACGUCCCCACUGGCGCGUUAAGGAAAACUGGUAAAACGGCCGGUAGCAAGGUAACGAGUUCCCGAAAAUCAAAAAAGACUGCUGCUAGUAAAACGGCGAGUAUGACUUCUAGUGCAAGGGCACAACUUGCGUUGGAGUUGGAAGUACUAAACGAACAACAGCAGUUAGAAGAGUUAGAGCUAGAAGAGGAAAAGCAGAUUAGAGCUAGGCAGAUUGAACAAGAGAAGAUUAUAAGGGACAGAGAGUUAGAGAUAGAGGCUAAGAAGUUAGCAGAGGAAAAGGCAUUUUUGGAAAGAAAGACGGCCGAAGAGUUAAAGUUUCGUAGAGAUCAAAUGGCUAUUAAGAGGAAGUCGCUAGAAGAGAAAGCUAAACUAAUUCGCGAACAGUCAAUUCGUGGGAGUAGUCGGUCAUCGAGCGUUAGUGAAAGUGUUGCAGAAGUGAGCGCAAAAGUGAAUAAGUGGCUGGAGAAAACGGAACAGCAUGCCGGAGAUAAUCAAGAGCAUGCAAUCGAACCAAAUGACCCGGAGCUCGGUCUGAAAAACGCAGCUUUUGUAAGUUGCUUCAAUAAGCUCGGACUGACGCAGCGAGAGGAAGCUGGAGUGGCAGGCUUCGGCGAUAGGCAGACCGUUAAACCAAUUGCUGUUCCUCGCGAUCCAGAACACUUCCCGCAAAACUUCAACAAAGCUGCUGCGUGGCAGAACGUAGUUGACGGAAUCACAAGAGGCGAACAGGUGGGAAGCGGGAGAGGAGCGAAGCUUCCCGAGCAAACAUGUGUGUCACUAGGACGACAAAGUUUCGAUGACGAUAAUUUGUCUGCGUUUGAUCAUCAAGUGGGUCCUACGAACCGCCAACUGGCAGCACGUCAGGUAAUGGGCAAGGAUCUGCCCAUUUUCUCUGGCAAUCCAGAAGACUGGCCGAUUUGGGUGAGCAACUUUGAAAGAUCAACGACGACGUGUGGAUUUUCCCAGGACGAAAAUUUGAUUCGACUUCAACGCUGUCUUAAAGGGCCCGCCCUUGAAACGGUACGAGGCCGGCUUUUAACACCAGCUAGUGUACCACAUGUGAUCAAGACGCUGCAGCUACGCUAUGGUCGACCCGAAACCUUGAUAAGAGCUCUCACCGAAAAGAUCCGACAUCUUCCACCGCCGAAAAUGGAUAAUCUGGAGAGUAUCAUCGAUUUCGGUAUGGCAGUUGAUAACUUAGUGGAGCAUCUAAAGACAGCGAAACAGUAUGCUCAUCUAACAAACCCUUCUUUGAUACACGACUUGGUCGGCAAGCUGCCGGUCGAAUAUAGAAUGAAAUGGGCAGCGUUCAAAGGAGCUCGAGCCGAUGCCGAUCUGAGAAUAUUUGGAUCUUUCAUGAACGCAAUCGUGGAGUUAGCCUUUGAAGUAGCCGACGACCAACCGACAAGUACGCCAUCGAAAACCCAACAAAAACCUAAAGAACGUGUGUACCUACAGACUCAUUCCGAAUCAAUGGACGCGAGUGCUGAAAAUGUUACCGUAUCAAGGUUCCGACUGGAUAAAGCUCAAAAAAAGAUUUGUGUGGCAUGUUUAACUGAAGGUCAUCGAGUGUAUGAGUGCGAGCAAUUCAGAUCGCUGAAUGUCGACGAGCGGCUGAAGAUCGUGAACCAGAAUUCAUUGUGCAGAACCUGUUUAAAUCAGCACGGUAGAUGGCCUUGUCGAACCUGGCAAGGAUGCGGCAUUUCAGGGUGUCGACUGCGGCAUCAUACGUUGCUGCACCAACCACCACAAGUAACUUCGGUUGGCGUUUCAACAAGCCAUUUGGAUUCGCAGCAGUCAUCUAACGGUCCGCUGUUCAGAAUUCUACCAGUUACGUUGUAUGGACCAAGUGGAAAGAUAGACAUAUUCGCUUUCAUCGAUGAAGGAUCCCAACUGACGCUGCUAGAGGACGAGGUUGCUGCCAAAAUAGGGCUUUCUGGCCCCUGUGAGCCGUUGCAGUUGCUGUGGACAGGGAACGUUACACGUAGUGAAUCUACAUCUCGGCGACUUUUGGUGGAUAUUGCAGGAACCAGGAUGAGCCAGAAAUAUAAACUUGCCGAUGCUCGUACAGUUGGAAAGUUGAUGCUUCCAGCGCAGGCACUCUGCUACAGUUAUCUAGCGGCACGAUACCCUCACCUCCGAGGACUUCCUAUAAGCGAUUACGAGGAAGUUGUACCGAAGCUUCUCAUUGGUCUUGACAACCUGAAGCUCACAAUUCCGUUGAAGAUUCGAGAGGGAGACUGGGGACAACCUAUGGCAGCCAAAUGUCGACUUGGAUGGAGCAUCUAUGGAUGUUCGGCUAAUGCAUCCGGAUCGGUUACUUGUGGGUUUCACGUUGGAGGAUGGACCAAUCGAGAUCAGGAGCUAAAUCAAUUAGUCAAAAACUACGUAGCUCUCGAUAACGCCGGUAUAACAUCACCUGCUGCACCUUUGGAGUCAGAUGAAGAUCGCCGUGCAAGGGAGAUACUGGAAGCAACUACUCGAAGAACUGCUACCGGCUUCGAAACCGGCCUCCUCUGGAAGACAGACUGCGUGCAGCUGCCCAACAGUUACGGUAUGGCCUAUCGACGGCUCCGCAGCCUGGAGAGAAAACUGUCAUCGGACGAACAGCUGUACGACACCGUACGCACAACAAUACGAGACUACGUGACGAAACAGUAUGCGCAUGCAGCCACGGAGUACGAACUUACAACAACGAGGCCGGAUAAAUGUUGGUAUCUGCCACUUGGGGUAGUGGUAAACCCUAGGAAGAACAAGGUCCGGUUGAUUAUGGACGCAAGAGCAACUGUGGACGGUGUGUCGUUCAAUUCUAUCCUAAUGAAAGGCCCGGACUUAUUGACGUCGCUUCCAGCAGUUCUUUGCCAUUUCCGCCUCUUUCAGUACGCUUUGGCUGCUGAUAUUAAAGAAAUGUUCCAUCGCAUCAAGAUAAGGGAGGAAGAUCGACAAUUCCAGAGGUUUCUAUGGCGAGAUGAACCAGACAUGGAACCGACAACAUUCGUUAUGGAUGUGGCAAUUUUUGGAUCCACAUGCUCCCCAAGUUCAGCUCAAUUUGUGAAGAAUCAAAACGCACAGGAGUUUGCAAGCGAAUUCCCUAGAGCUGCCGAUGCGGUAAUUCGUCAUCAUUAUGUUGACGACUACUUGGAUAGCUUUGGAACAACAGAAGAAGCAGUGAAAGUCGGCCGUGAUGUGAAAGAAAUUCAUGCGAGAGGAGGAUUCGAAAUCCGCAAUUUUCUGUCAAACAGUGCUGAGAUCGUCCAACGCGUGGGAGCUCAAUCAACGGCGAUGGAAAAACUGCUUAAUGCUGGAAAGGAGGAGUUUUCCGAAUGUGUUUUGGGAAUGAGAUGGAUGCCUUCGAGCGACAACUUCACCUACUCGCUUCAGCUCCGGGAAGACCUACGGAACGUGUUGGCCGAAGAACACAUUCCUACAAAACGUGAAGUACUACGAGUUGUUAUGAGCCUCUUCGAUCCACUGGGGCUUAUAGCAUUCUAUCUCAUACACGGAAGAAUUCUUAUGCAGGACAUAUGGGCUUCCAGGAUCGAUUGGGAUGAAACCAUUGGCAAUGAGUUAAGCGAACGAUGGCGACUAUGGAUCGGGUACCUCCCUCAGUUGGACUCGCUCCGCAUUCCACGUUGCUACUUUGUAGGAGGCAAUCAGGAUACAUAUGCGACCCUUCAGAUCCACGUCUUUGUGGACGCUAGUGAGUCCGCAUUCUGCAGUGCGGUCUAUUUUCGAGUAGAAACCGCUGAUGGAGCGAAUGUAGUGCUAGUAUCGGCCAAAUCGAAGGUAGCACCUCUGAAAAUGAUGUCUAUCCCUCGUUUGGAGCUCCAAGCUGCCGUAUUGGGCGCACGGCUUCUGAACAGCGUUAUCACUAUGCACGAUCUGCAAGUAACUAAACGUGUGCUAUGGACGGAUUCUCGUACUGUACUGGCAUGGAUAAACUCCGAUCAACGUAAAUACCAUCAAUUCGUUGGAUUCCGUGUAGCAGAAAUACUGUCUACAACUGAAUCGUCAGAGUGGCGGUGGAUUUCCAGUAAAGCUAAUGUAGCUGACCGUGCAACGAAGUGGGGAACGGGACCUGAUCUCAACGAAAACAGCGUGUGGUUUCUUGGUCCGGAAUUCCUACGUCAGUCAGAGGAUACAUGGCCAAAACAGCAACAAGAAUCAACAACUACUGCGGAAGAAAUAAGAUCCUGUAAUUUCCACGUUACGGAGCCCAGAAUAGUUGUAGACGCAACCCGUUUCAGCCGUUGGGAAAGACUUCACCGUACAAUGGGAUACAUUCACCGUUUCUGCAACAACCUUAAACGAAAACGACAAGGAGUUUCGUUAGAGUUGGGACAUCUCACUCAACUUGAAUUGGCAACGGCAGAACGAAAUCUUUGGAAGUUGGCACAACAGGAACACUAUUCAGCGGAAUUGGAACAACUUAACGAGAAGCGUUGCGUGACUAAGAACAGUAAAAUCUACAAGCUUUCUCCGUUUUUGGACAAAUUCGGUGUUCUUCGUAUGCGAAGUCGGCUCGAACUAUCUGCGUACGUACCAUUUGAAACCAAGUACCCAGUAAUACUUCCAGACAAAUCUGCCGUUACGAUCUUAAUGGCAGAUUGGUUUCACCGUCGUUAUCAACAUGGAAAUCGUGAAACGAUUGUAAACGAAAUGCGGCAACUCUACCAAAUUCCGAAGAUGCGAGCGUUGGUCGCAAAAGUAGCCAAGAAUUGCAUGCGAUGCCGUAUAUGGAAGGCGGUUCCUGAGACUCCAAGGAUGGCUCCACUGCCUAAGGUACGCCUUACCCCAUUUGUUCGGCCAUUUACCUUCGUAGGACUAGACUACUUCGGACCGGUAAUAGUGAAACAGGGUCGAAGCAAUGUAAAAAGGUGGAUUGCACUAUUUACGUGUUUAAGCAUCCGAGCAGUACACAUGGAAGUUGUUCACGCUCUGUCAACAGAAUCCUGUGUUCUGGCAAUUCGAAGAUUCGUUACACGUCGUGGAGCACCGGCUGAGAUAUUCAGUGAUAACGGGACGAACUUUCAUGGAGCCAACAACAAACUGAAAAAGGAGAUCGCAGAACGGAACCGGACACUCGCCUCAAUCAUUACUAAUGCUAACACGAAGUGGUCCUUCAAUCCACCAGGCGCUCCUCACAUGGGAGGAGCGUGGGAACGAAUGGUUCGAUCGGUGAAGGUAGCAAUAGGGACCUUGGCCGAAGCGACUAGAAAACCAGAUGAUGAAACGUUGGAGACAGUCAUAAUUGAAGCCGAAGGAAUCGUAAACUCUAGACCACUGACCUACAUUCCUGUAGAAUCUGCCGAUCAAGAAUCCUUAACGCCAAACCACUUCUUACUGGGAAGUUCCAAUGGAGUAAAGCAACUUGCGGUGCUACCAAUAGAGUAUAGAACAGCUUUGAGAAGCAGCUGGAAGUUGGCGCAGCAUUUGGCCGACGGAUUUUGGCGAAGAUGGCUAAAAGAAUAUUUGCCAGUCAUAUCACGGCGUUCCAAAUGGUUUGACAACGUGAGGGACAUUGCGGUCGGGGAUCUGGUACUUGUGGUGAAUGGAGAAAUAAGAAACCAAUGGACAAGAGGACGUGUAGAGAAGGUGAUUCCAGGUGCCGAUGGCAAGACCCGACAAGCAUGGGUACGAACAGCUGCAGGAGUUCAUCGUCGGCCAGCAGUGAAGUUGGCGUUGCUCGACGUCGUUGAAAGUUGCGAACUUGCUCUAGACAACCAUAGGCGUUCACGGGAGGGGGUAUGUGACGGCGAACAACCCUAGCCUGUGCUUGACUGCCCUGUUGCAUCUUUGUUUCGGAUCUGCCUGUCGUUUGUCCAACUGACAGGUUGACAGCUCGAUGGUAGCAGAGCGUAGGUAUGACAAAGCGACUCCGUACCAAAACAGAACAAAUAUUGGAUAUGCUUGAAUGACUAGUGGAAGUUUAACGAAUUUGCAAAAACCCAGUUAAUUUGAUUAUUAGUGCGUUGAAUUACAGCUAUUGAAGGCCGACGGACAAGCCGGCGGAUAGCUAUUUCCGAAUAUUUUUACACGCGCACAGAAUUCUAUUGAAAUCAAUUGCAUAAAUAAAUUAAAACUUGCAAUUAGUUAAAAUAUCUCGUCUAGAGUUGAAAAUUUGGAGCAACCUACAGUUUGAAACCUAACCUAAAAUUAUUAGCUACGAGAGGAAUCUUAAAGAAUUAAGGAAAUACUGAAGAUUUGUAAGUAGUUUUAUUCAUAAUACUCUUAUAUGUAAAUUUGACACCUAAAUAUAUUACAGUUAAAGUUGCCCUGACACCGCAGAACUGUGGUCCCGCUUCUUGAAAAUUCAGU